UUGGCUCUAACAGCCAUCUAACGAAGUUCUCUAGAACCCAGAAUUUUAUAUAUUGAAUAGAGAAAGAGGGAUGGUAAUGCCUGGCCAGGGUGGAAGAUCCUUUGACAUUAUCCGACAGAUUGUCGGAAAUGUGGUCAAUAUCUUCAAUAAGCGGGCCUCGCCCUGCACAGCACCAUGCGACGGCAUGGUACUUAAGAUGCACUACCAAUGGACCUUCUGGGUCUUGCUUGGCGGCUUCUCAGCCAUUUGGUAUUCCUGGUACCACAGGGACGUCAUUACCUGUGCGUCUCACUUCAAUGCUGAGACGCAGGUGAGGUUGGAUUACAUCAAUAUUUGCCUUUCGUACCCGUUCGUGCAGGGCGCGGGCGAGGACCUGGACGAAGGGGAGGGCGGACAGCGCCGCUACCUCCUCUUCUACCGCUGGAUCCACUGGGCUCUGCUCCUGCUGGCUGGUAUCUACUACAUUCCCCGUAAGAUCUCCAAGACGUCAGAGAAUACCAAAGUCAAGAAGCUGAUCGAGGAUCUGGCUGUCAAUGCCCACCGCUAUGACGGCUUGGAGAGGGAGCUCGUGGACCGCACUGCCCGGUACAUUGCAUUUAACCUUAAGACCCACAAUGGGCUAUAUUACAAAUACCUGACCUGCAACUUGGUCGCGCUUCUCGUCGACAUCUUCUGCUUCCAAUUCCUGGACUUCGUGUUCCAAGGUCGGUUCUUGCGCUACGGCUUCCAGGCCUACCCGUUCAACCGCGACCCCCAGCAGUUCACUGACUACAUGUCCGAGAUGUUCCCUCCCUUUGCCAACUGCGAGCUGCACAACGAGGUCCAGCUGACCAACAAGCGAAUCGAACGCCUGGGUUGCCAUCUCACCGUCAUGGAGCUCUACGAGAAGGUGUUCCUGGCGCUAUGGCUCUGGCUCAUCGUCCUGACGGCCAUCACUGUGGGCUACAUCAUCUUCCUGUCCCUCAUGUGGGUCCCAUGGGCGCGCCUAUUCAUGCUGCGUAUCGCUAAGCCCCUCAGCGCCAAGGACACCAUCCGCAACACCAUCUGCAACAUCGUGAGCAGCUGCAAGAUCGGUGACGUGUACCUGCUGUACCGCCUGAAGCAGCAUUUUAGCCACGCUCGCUACUACGAGCUGUUGACCCGCCUCUCUGACCCCGACUUCCUGCGCACAAUGCUUGACUCGGUGUCCAUCGACCACCACGGCAAGGGCGGCGGCGGCGGCGGCCCAGACCUCCGGCAGCGCACGAACAAGAACCAGAAACCCGCAGGACCUGAAAGAUGGCUAUCAUAGGCCACGGGGGCACAGACAUUGUCCGCCAGUUGGUGGGCAAUGUAGUGAACAUCUUCAAGAAGAAGCGUGCGCCGUGCACCUCCCCUUGCGACGGUCUAAUCCUCAAGAUGCACUACCAGUGGACCUUCUGGCUCUUACUAGCCGGCUUCUCUGCCGUGUGGUACUCCUGGUACCACCGCGACGUUAUCACGUGCGUCUCGCAUUUCAACGCCGAGACGCAGGUCCGUUUAGAUUACAUAAACAUCUGCCUUUCGUACCCCUACGUGGAGGAAGGCACCUCGGAAAAGAGGUUCCUGCUCUUCUACAGAUGGAUCCACUGGACGCUCCUGGUGCUAGCUGGCAUUUACUACAUCCCCCGUAAAAUCUCCAAGAAUUCCGAGAACCCGAAGGUCAAGAAGCUGAUCGAGGACUUGGCGGUGAACUCGCACCGCUACGACCAGGUCGAGCGAGAGCUGGUGGACCGCGCCGCCCGCUACAUCGCCUACAAUCUUAAGACGCACAACGGGCUCUAUUACAAGUUCGUCACUUGCAAUUUGGUCGCCCUGGUGGUGGACAUCAUCAGCUUCCAGUUCCUCGACUUCGUGUUCCAGGGGCGCUUCAUGCACUACGGCUGGAUGGCCUACCCCUACAGCCGCGACCCCGUCAAUUUCUCCGACUACAUGUCCCGGACGUUCCCUCCCUUCGCCAAGUGUGAGCUGGGCGAUGCGAACAAGCUGGUCAACAAGCGGACGGAGAAAUUCGGUUGCCACCUGACCGUGAUGGAGCUCUACGAGAAGGUGUUCCUCGGCGUGUGGGUGUGGCUCAUCCUGCUGACGACGAUCACGUGCGCUUAUCUCAUCUUCCUGGGCUUCAUGUGGCUUCCGUACUUCCGCCUGAUGAUGCUCAAAGUGGCCAAGCCUCUCAAUGCCAAAGACACUGUGAGUAACACCAUAGUCUCCGUCGUGAACUGCUGCAAGAUCGGCGACGUCUACCUGCUGUAUAGACUGAAGCAGCACUUGAGUCACGCUCGCUUCUACGAGCUCCUGACGAGGCUCUCUGACCCGGAGCUGAUCAAGACCAUGCUGGAGGACCCGGCCGACCGCGCCAUCAACGCCAAGAACCACGACAUGCGCGGCAGAAAGCAGGCCGGCAUGAACAUAGGCGGUCCUAAGGGCAAGUUCGGCGGCCCCAAUGAUCUCUUUAUCUCACAGGACUACGGCCGACCCAACACGAGUAUUCUGGUUGAGUAGGCCGACCCUCUAGCCUCGUGCUAGAGGGCGUGGCGGCUCAUCCCAGUUUAAAGAAAAGUACUUAUUUUAUAUCAUUUUUAUCUGAUGUUCAGUGAUAACCCGGGGUGGUCGUGCCGUCCCUAGUGAAGGUGAACUGUUGUCCCCCUUUGAGAAAUGUACGAGUGCUGCCUUGGGAAAAAGGUAACGGACGCUCUUGGAUACUUUUUUACAAGUCUGCUACACACUUCUCGUGGUGUACAACUCAUUAGUGAUAUUUCUAUAUAUUAACAUUCUUGUGACUGUGUUAUUUGUGGAAGCCAAUGUCUGAAAGCCGUUACUGUGUAGGACCGUCCGUCUCCAUGUGUUCAACAUCCCCUCCCCUUUUUUGCUUUUUUUUUUAUAACAAGUUAUUUAUAAGCCAUGUCAGAGGGAAAACUCAUGUAUGUAUUUUUUUUUAAAGCAGGAAGCUGGUAUAGAAUGCAUUGUUUCAUCGCAUUUAUAUAUUAUAAAAGCACCUACUUGAAUGAAAGCCGUGUGAGUGGUUAUGCUUGUGGUAUAUAGUUCUCCCCUUUUUAAGUUAUGGAUUUGCAAGGUUUUCCAGCCGUUAAUAUUGGUGCCGACCAGUCAUACUCAGUCACUGUCACAGCAUUUGUUAAAUCGUGUUUUUAAAAACUUGUUAAAGAUAGAGAAAACGGUAGGCCGAGAGAGGUGUUUAAAAUGCAUUUGGUUCUUUUUUUGCAAGAGAUCCACAAUGCGAACCAGUUUUUAAAUGUAUGUUUUUAAAUUGCCGGUAUCUCAUUCCUGUUUUAUACGACCCUCCCAUCUCUUUAAUUAAUAAUUUAUAGAUUUUUUGACAAUUGUUGUGAAAUUGUAUUUUUUAGCCUGUAAACUUGUUAAUGACUGCAUUCGGGUUAGCGAAGCUGAGCUGCGCUGCCACGGCGAUAGUGUGAUAAAAAAUGACUAGCCAAAUCUUGAGCUGGUGCAAGCGACAUUUUUUUUUGACUGUUGUCUCUAUGACUGACAAUCAUAAAGCUUUUUGUAUUUUGGUAAAAUAAACAAAAAUUGAAUUAAGUUUUA